GGACGUGGAUGAGGUGCUGACCAUGUUUGUGGAGCGAUUCAGGGAGAAGCCGCAAGUGGAGGUGGCGGCUUACGUUGAUCCCUCCGUGCCUCAGCUCGUGCUUGGGGACUCGCUCAGGCUCCGACAGCUCAACUCAACUGCCAUCCGCUCUUGCUCCCAUCCCCACCAGGUGCUGAUCAACGUGCUGUCGAACGCGUGCAAGUUCACGGAGCGAGGGCACAUCCUGGUGUGUGUGCGCACGGCCCCCUUCACGGAGGACAUUCGGCGAGUCAUUGUGCUCAAAGGCGUUGCCAAGCGCUUUCCCACACCCACACCCACACCCCCUGCUGCUUCUGCUGCUGCUGCUGCUGCUGCUGCUGCUGACGCUGUUGCUGCUGGUACCAGCGCUGCUGCUGCUGCAGGGGCAAGGGCAGCAGGAACAGGCGGAGAUGUGUCUGAUUUGAGGUCGGCAGGGCAGGUAGUGCCUCUGCUCUCUCCCGGCCUCUCAACCAGCAGCCCUACAUUCAAACCCAGCGUCUCACCCAGCGGGAACCCCCCGGCCAAUCAGAGCGCGACAGGUGGCAGGGUGGCGGGGAGGGAUGAGUGGUUGGGGUGUGCUGGGGGCAGUGGUGGGUGGCGGACGUCUAUAGAGUGGUCUCCUGUGAUGGUGGGGAGCAGUAGGGGGGGCGCGAGGGGCAGUGGAUCGGAUGGGGGGAAGAGGGUGCUGAGCCGGAGGGGCACUGGGAGCUCCGUGGAGAUGGAGAAAUUGGGGGAGGGGCAUAGAGGGAGUCCCUCGCUGGCCAAAGCCGCCACCACCCACCACCGCGCUCGCCUCGCUCCCUCCGCUGCUGCUGCUGCUGCUGCUGCUGACCCUGCUGCCUCUGCUGCUGCUGGUACUGCCUCUGCCCCUACAGGUGCCAGUGCCGGUCCUGCUGCUGCUACCGGUCCUGGUGGCGCCGCCGCUGGUAACCGCACCGCGGCUGUGGUAACAGUCCUGCAGAAGUCCGUUCGACUGGUGAUCUCAGUAGAGGACACAGGCAUUGGGAUACCCUACGGCGUGCAGCGGCACAUCUUCAAGCCGUUCGUCCAGGCAGACGCCUCAAACACGCGCACGCACGGCGGCACGGGGAUUGGUCUCGCCAUUUCCCGCCAGCUCGUGAAGCUCAUGGGCGGGCAGCUGACGUUCUCCAGCCGGCCGGGCGUGGGCACGACGUUCUAUUUUGACAUUGUGGUGCCGUGCGCCAGCGCGGCGGAGGAGGCGGAUGCUGCUGCUGCUGCUCUCACUCCGAACGGCCGAGAGGGGAUGGGGGGGUUUGCGGGUUACUGGGGGGCUGCUGGUGGUGCUGCCCUUGCUGCUGGUGCUGCCGGUUUGGGUGCGAAUGGGGGGGUUGGAGGCAACGUCGGGCAAUCUGCUGUUGAACUGCAGAUGGGGUUUGACCGGAAUGCGUCAGCCAAGGAUUUGCAGGCUCUGGCUGAUCUCGCUAGAGAAUCGGAGGACUGGCACAAGCAGCUGCGGCCAGGGUGCCGCGACGGACAGUUUCGAAAUGUUUCGGCGCGCGUGCUGGACGGGAAUGGGGUGAGGAGAGAGAUCGUGGAGAAUUAUUUGGAGCAGUGGGAUGCGGCGAUUCUGGUGACACAGGAGCGGGUGGAGGAGGGCGAGGCGAGGAGGCGAGGGUUUGAUGCUGUGUUGGUGAAGCCUGUUAGGUACGCGGCUCUCAUGGGGUGCCUGGCUCAGGAGGCGCUCCAGGGCAUGUCACUGCUGGUGGUGGACGACAACCUGGUGAACCGCAAGGUGAUCGGCCGCAUGCUGCAGCGGUACGGCGUGGGGGUGGAGAUGGUGGAUGGCGGCCGCAAGGCCAUUGAGAGGCUCGUCACGGGCGGGUGGGACAUCGACUGCAUUCUCAUGGACGUGCAGGUGGGUGUGUUGAGACGUGCUGAUGUGUGA